AUGGCAAGUUCGUCAUCCACGAAUUUACCCGUGAUAGAAAAAUUGAAAGGUCGGGAUAAUUAUAGUACGUGGAGGUUUGCAAUGCAAACAUACCUCGAACACGAGGAUCUCUGGGAAUGUGUAACUGGAGAUAACGAUAACGAAAAAAAGAACAAACGUGCUCGCGCUAAGAUAAUCCUGUGUACCGUAAAUUACGUACACGUGCAAGAUACUACCACGGCAAAGGAGACAUGGGACAAAUUGAAAAGUGCGUUCGAGGAUUCCGGUCUAAUGCGACGCGUCGGGUUAUUGAAAUUGCUAACGACAACGAAACUCGGGAACUGUGCAACGGUGGAUGAAUACGUGAAUACAAUAAUCACUACAGCGCACAAAUUAAACGGCAUCGGCUUCAAGGUUAACGAAGAAUGGAUAGGUUCAUUAUUAUUGGCUGGUUUGCCCGAAGAAUACAAACCGAUGAUCAAGGGGCUUGAAAGCUCAGGAACACCUAUCACUGGAGAUACUAUCAAGACGAAGUUACUACAAGAUAUAAAAGUUGAGAAAACAGGUAAAGUGGCAGACUCGGAGACGGCAUUACAUAUAAAGACUCAGAAGAAUAGAUACAAAGGCAACGUCAAUCAGAAGAGUUGGUAUCUGGAUUCCGGUACUACAGCGCAGGUCACCAUGAACGAUGAGUGGAUAAACAAGAAGUCUAGCUCAUCUGGUGAACAAGUAAUCACUGCCAACAAGGACACGCUAUCAGCAAUCAGCAUUAAUCAAGGAUGUCAGACAGUUAAUGGCAAGAUAAAAAUUAAUGGAGAAAUUGUAACAGAAGCAAUCGAAGAAAAUAAUAUGUACCGUCUGUGUCAACCCGUACAAAAAAUCCAUUACGUCGGAUCCGAAGAUAAAGCGAAAAUUUGGCACAAAAGAUUAGGUCAUAUGAAUCGUAAAAAUAUGAGCAUGUUAACUCAUGGUUACGUUACAGGAAUAGAUUACGAACGUCCGAGUAGCAACGUGUGUAUAUCUUGUGUGAAAGGAAAACAACACAAGCAGCCUUUUCAACCAAGUACAAGUCGAUCCAAGGAAUUGCUACAAGUGGUACAUUCGGAUUUAUGCGGUCCUAUGGAGACUAUCUCAUUUAGAGGCUCUCGAUAUUUCCUCACCUUUGUUGAUGAUUGUUCUAGAAAAGUCUUUGUUUAUUUUUUGGAAACGAAGGAUCAAGUACCUGGUACACUUGAAGAAUUUAAGGUCCUUGCAGAAAAACAGAGUGAUCGUCAGCUCAAGACUUUGAGGUCAGACAACGGUCGCGAAUAUAUAAAUCAAAGACUCUUGAAGUUCCUCAAGAACAAUGGAAUUAAGCAUCAAACAACUGUUCCAUACACGCCACAGCAAAAUGGUCUAGCGGAGAGGAUAAAUCGAACCAUAGUUGAAAAAGCACGUUGUUUACUGCAAGAUGCCAGCCUAAGUAAUGAGUUUUGGGCAGAGGCAGUAGCCACAGUUGUAUACUUAAUCAAUCACUCACCAGCUAAAGGAUUAAAUGGUAUAACACCAGAAGAGGCUUGGUCAAAUCGGAAACCCGAUUUACAGCAUUUAAGGAUCUUUGGUUGCAAAGCAAUGGCGCACAUCCCAAAACAAUUGAGAAAAAAAUGGGAUGCAAAAUCGAGUGAAUAUAUAUUCGUCGGAUAUUAUGAGGACUCGAAGGCAUAUCGUCUCUGGGAUCCAGAACACAGAAGUAUUGUGAAAGCUCGCGACGUAAUAUUUUUAGAAAAUACUAAAACUACGGUAAGCCCAGAUCCAACUAAAAAAGAAGAUUCAUCACAAAAGGAACUUGUUCCAUUAAUCGACCUAGAAGAUAACGCGCACAUCGAACAAGAAGAUCCUGCAAAUGAAGAAGAGGACACUGAAGAAAAUCAGGAAAUAGUGAGGGUAUCUUCGGAAGAAUCCGAGUCAGAUGAUUCGGACUAUGUAGACUCCUUGGAAUCACUUCAAGAACAAACCUUAAGAAGAUCCAACCGUGUCCCGAAACCCAAAAAUUUCAGUGAUUUCAUAGUGUACAAAGCUGUUGUCAUUUCAGAUGACCCGGAAACAGUAAAAGAAGCGACAAAACGUCCAGAUAGAAAACUUUGGAUAGAAGCAAUGCAAAGGGAAUAUGAUUCGCUACUUGAAAACAAGACUUGGGAUCUAGUGGAUCUGCCACCUAGUAAAACUGCACUUACAUCAAAAUGGAUCUUUAAAAUAAAAAGAAAUGCCAAUGGUGAAAUAGAAAGACACAAAGCUCGCCUAGUCAUCCGAGGAUGUUCGCAGAAAAGGGGCAUCGAUUACGAAGAAACGUAUUCUCCAGUUGUUCGUUAUGGAACUAUCAGAGUAUUAUUUGCACUGGCCGCCAAGUAUGAUUUAGAUGUGGAUCAUAUUGAUGCAGUUACUGCAUUCCUUCAUGGAGACCUCACCGAAGAAAUUUAUAUGCGUCAACCAGAGGGAUUCGUGAUGAAAGGAAAAGAAGCGAAAGUAUGUCGCUUGCAUAAAGCCAUGUACGGAUUAAAGCAGGGCAGUAGAGCUUGGAAUCAGCGGCUAAAUACUAUAAUACAGCAAAUCGGAUUUACUCAAUCUAAAACCGACCAAUAUGUGUAUAUUUAUACGAAAGAAGAUAAGAAAAUAAUUAUCGCAGUCUAUGUCGAUGAUCUUUUAAUUUUUUCAAACGAUAAAAAAUUAAAAGAAAUCACGAAGUCCAAACUAAUGAAGCAGUUCAAAAUGAAAGACUUAGGUGAAGUCAGACACUGUUUGGGACUUAGGAUUACUCGUGACAGAGAUGCAGGAAAAAUCUGGAUUGAUCAGUCGGCGUACAUUGAAAACAUCGUCAAUUGA